UUCCUCUACAACAAACUUCUCCAUUAGAAUAAUCCCAAAAAUCUCACUUCAUCUCUCCCUCACCAUUAAUAUCCACUCACUGCAAGCGAACCCCAAACUGACCACUCUCUUUACAAAUCUGAAAAGAAAAUUUGUAUAUGAAAGAGAAGGAGACAAACAGAUCAGAACAACCCUCACUUUUCUAUACCUCUCUCUCUCUCUCUCACCUUUGCAUUAAGAGCUUGGUCUGUCAUCUCUGAUGAAGAUUCUAAUUAAGCCCCCAGCAGGAGAAAGGAGUAGGUGAUGAUGAGACUAUAAGAAGUGAUGUUAUGCUGGUCUAGAGAGGAUAUAUCCAUCCAGUAGUGCCAGAAAAACAAAACAAGAGCUAGCCUUUGCAGCAAAAAGGGUUUCUCUUUUGGCUGGCUAUAGCUAUAGCUCCUUUAAUAUCUACUAGCUCUCUCUCUCUCUCUCUGUCUUUGUAUCCCUUUGGUCAUCAUCAUCAUCAUGGCUUCAUCAAACAGACACUGGCCUAGCAUGUUCAAGUCCAAGCCUGCAAACUGCAGCACCCACCACCAAUGGCAGCAUGACAUCAACCCUUCUCUCGUUUCAAACGGAUGCCACCGACCCUCUUACUCCUCAGUCGCUGGGUGUGAAGAAAGAAGUCCGGAGCCAAAGCCUAGAUGGAACCCAAAACCAGAGCAAAUUCGCAUCCUCGAAGCCAUCUUCAACUCUGGGAUGGUGAACCCUCCGAGGGAUGAGAUUAGGAAGAUCAGGGCUCAGCUGCAAGAGUAUGGCCAAGUUGGGGACGCCAACGUUUUCUACUGGUUCCAGAACAGGAAAUCAAGAAGCAAGCAUAAGCUUCGCCACCUCCACAACUCAUCCAAACAACAAACCCAUCCCCACACCCACCUUCCUCUCACCACACCCGUCUCCACAAGCACUCUCAACAUCAUCAAUGCUGCUGCACCUUCUUCCUCCUCAUCCUCCUCUGAAAAAUCAUCUCCCAAAUCAGCACCAAACAACAAGGCCUUCUCCAUGGGGUUCUCCAACGCUGCUCAUGACGUUUCAAUUAACUCUCCAACUGCUUCUGUGAACCAGCAGAGCAGCUUCUUUCAGCCUCAUCAACAGCAUCACAGUGAGGUCUUGCCCGAACCCUUCUUUUUUCCAAUGCAUCCGAAUCCGAAUUGCAGUUUCACACAAGGGUUUUGCUUCUCUGAGCUGUCUAAUGUGGUUGAUGUUCCCAACCAUGGAACUCAUGAGCAAACUAAUAACACUGGGCCUUGCACAAGCCUGUUGCUGAGUGAGAUCAUGAGCCAUGGGGCAGCAAUGUCAAGGAAAGAAUACCAUCAAGAAGAUGAGAUGAAGGCCAUGAACAUGAAGAACAUGGACCCACACCACCUCAAUUACAGUCUCAAUGUCACCACCACAUCUCCAACUAGCCAUACUAAUAUGGUUGCUUCUCACACCACUGGCCCCACUACUAGUGUUGCUGUUCCAUCCCCCAUGAUUCACAACAUUCAAGGUGGUGUUGGGGAAGCGGGUGCAAUGGGCGCGGGAGGUGCGGAGAAAUCAACGGUGUUCAUAAACGACGUCGCAUUCGAGGUGGGUGCGGGUCCCUUCAACUUGCGUGAGGCUUUCGGGGAUGACGCCGUCCUCAUUCACUCCUCUGGUCACCCCGUUCUCACCAAUGAGUGGGGUCUCACCCUCCACUCUCUCCACCACGGCGCUUUCUAUUACCUCAUUUAGAAGAGUGGAAGCAAGCAAGCAAGCUAGAAGAGGCGGGCUCUGGUUUCUGCGUUGUCCUUUCUCCAUAUAUGUGUCUUCUCUAAUUAGCGCUCGCUAGGGUUUACUGUAUUAGCUAGGGCUUCCAUCCGUUAAUUAGUGGGUGUCUAGAGUAAUUUCAAAGUUUGUGUGGACCUACAUAUGUAUUAUUAUUAUUUUAUCUGUUUCUGGUUUAAGUAUUAUAUAUAAAUAUAUUUACCUGUGGCA